AAUACGAAAGAAAAAUUAAACCUUCCUUUCUUUAAGUCUUGUCAUUGGUCUUGGAGUAUAGUGCCAACAAUAUGCCUAAGCAAGUAGAGGUGCGGAUGCAUGAGAGCCACUUGAGCGCAGCGGAGCCCACGUCCAGGAACAUAUGUGUGCAGUUCUGCCAGUCGCUCCGCAGAAAUCUGCUCCUGACUCUUACUGUCUUCGGUGUCAUCUUGGGUGCAGUAUGUGGGGGUCUUCUUCGUCUAGCAACGCCUAUUGACCCUGACAUAAUCAUGUUAAUAGCCUUCCCAGGGGAUAUACUUAUGAGGAUGCUAAAAAUGUUGAUCCUCCCUUUAAUUAUCUCCAGUUUAAUCACAGGACUGUCUGGUUUAGAYGCUAAAGCAAGUGGCCGAUUGGGUACAAGAGCCAUGGUCUACUACAUGUCCACCACUAUCAUUGCUGCUGUGCUUGGUGUGCUUCUGGUUUUAGCCAUCCACCCAGGGAAUCCAAAGCUCAAGAAACAGCUAGGUCAAGGGAAGAAGAAUGAUGAAGUGUCUAGUCUGGAUGCUUUCUUGGAUCUCAUCCGAAACUUGUUUCCUGAAAAUUUAGUCCAAGCGUGUUUUCAGCAGAUCCAGACUGUCACCAAGAAAGUGCUGGUGCCACCACCAAUUGAAGAACCAUCUAAUGUCACGGACUCUGCUUUUGCUCUGAUAAAUGAGACAAUGCGGGAAGCACCAGAAGCCCAGAUGGUCAUUAAAAAAGGACUUGAAUUUAAAGAUGGCAUGAAUGUCUUGGGUUUGAUAGGAUUCUUUAUUGCUUUUGGCAUUGCUAUGGGGAAGAUGGGAGAGCAGGCCAAGAUGAUGGUGGAUUUCUUCAAUAUCCUGAAUGAGAUUGUGAUGAAGCUAGUAACUAUGAUCAUGUGGUAUUCCCCUUUGGGCAUCGCUUGCCUCAUCUGUGGGAAAAUCAUUGCAAUCAAGGACUUAGAAGUAGUUGCUAGGCAGCUUGGCAUGUACAUGGUGACUGUGAUCGUGGGCCUAGUCAUCCAUGGGGGGAUCUUCUUGCCUCUGCUCUACUUUGUGAUAACCAGGAAAAGCCCCUUCUCCUUCCUUGCUGGGAUUUUCCAGGCGUGGAUCACAGCACUAGGCACCGCUUCCAGUGCUGGAACAUUGCCUGUUACAUUCCGAUGUCUCGAAGAAAAUUUAGGCAUUGAUAAGCGCGUAACAAGGUUCGUUCUUCCUGUUGGAGCAACUAUUAACAUGGAUGGAACGGCUCUUUAUGAAGCUGUGGCUGCCAUCUUCAUCGCACAAAUGAACGGCAUUGAGCUGGAUGGAGGGCAGAUAGUUACUGUGAGUUUGACCGCCACCCUGGCAAGCGUUGGGGCUGCCAGUAUUCCCAGCGCAGGCCUCGUCACCAUGCUGCUCAUCCUCACGGCAGUGGGGCUCCCCACGCAGGACAUCAGCUUGCUUGUGGCUGUUGACUGGCUUUUGGACCGCAUGAGGACCUCAGUCAAUGUCGUGGGGGAUUCUUUCGGUGCUGGCAUUGUCUACCACCUUUCCAAGGCUGAACUUGACACUAUUGACUCUCAUCAUAAAGGGCAUGAAGAUAUUGAAAUGACCAAGACUCAGUCAAUCUACGAUGACAUGAAAAAUCAUAGGGAAAACAACUCAAACCAGUGCGUUUAUGCAGCUCACAAUUCAGUCAUAGUAGAUGAGUGCAAGGUCACGCUGGCAACCAAUGGCAAAUCCGCGGACUUCGGUGUUGUUGAAGAAGAGCCUUGGAAACGUGAGAACUGAGGGAAGAGUUUCCCAGCUCCAUCUUUAAUAAGCCCUGAAGCUCUCUUCUGGUAAAAGCUAUCAUGAUUAAGGAAGACUUCUCCUUUUUUUUUUUUUUCUUUUUUUUUUAAUUUAAUUUAAUUUAAUUUAACAUCUACAGUUUGUGCUUACUUAAUUCGUUAACUGAAACUUAGCAAAGAGCUCGUAAAGUCCUGGUAGUGUCUUUGCCAAAUAACGGUCCCUCGCCAUCUGGCUCCCUUGUGUUGCUGUGUGAUGGAUGCAGCUGGAGACUCCUCCGUGUGCGGAGAUGUGCUCUCACCCGCCUCCCCUCUCGAUCAAGACACAGCGAAUGUAGGUGCUGCACAACGGGACGAUCCGAGUGCCAGUAUGGCUCUCUGCAGGGACACAGGGGCGCAAGGGCAUCGUGCCAGGAACGCCCGACAUCCUGCCAGCCUUCGAGUGUCUCCCUGACUCUUGUGACAUCCCUGUGGAUCAUUUGCACGGUGGACGUUUGGUCUAGUUAGCACUGUGUGGCUGGAAUAUCUUUGGGAAAUGUCUAUGAAGAUUUUAUGUUUGUUUUGAUAAUAAUAAGCAGCUGGCAUGGGAAGCACAGAAACAUUGUGCCAAACUGCACUUCAGACUGAACUUGGAGCCAGUGGCGAGAUUAAUGGACAAAAGCUGAUAAAUUACCCCAGACAUUUUGUUGCAUCAGUUCUACUAACAUUUGAUAUCAAGGCAAGAUCUUACAUUUGAGGGCACGUGUUGUAUUUUUGCAGCUGUCACAGGGCAGAUACAGCCUUCAUCUUAUUACGAGGCUGUGCUGAUCUGGGACCGCAGUACGCUGCACAAUACAAGGUAGUAUUAAUGCAGGGGUGGCUGCUAGUUCCCUCACUGAAUCUGUGGCUGGUUUAGAAACUGCAGGAUACCAUGGCCUCAGUUAAGCAAACCACAGCUGAAAUAGGUAGCGCCUACUACUCACCCUGCUGCACUGAGCUCAGUGGGAUUUCUCAUGUGAAAGAGGCAACACAACUUAGAUACUACUAGGUGUGAGCAAGGAUGUCAUGCUUGGGUGCAUAAUAUUUCUUUGUAAACAAAUCCUGAACCCUUUACACUAAAUAAUCGAGAGUUUCUGAAUGCAAUUAGUAACAUUUAACUUGAAGUGAAAGAUUCUUCCAAGUAUGUGUCCCGUUUCAGAGAAUGUCUGAACUUGUUACUAAGCCGAAUUCCAUAAAGUUAACAGAUCUGAGCCAGAAUUAGAACAGAAUAAAGUAGAAUUUCAGGAUUUAGACCAAUACAUUAAGCAUACAUCUCUCUCUCUAUCUCUUGCAGAGUAACAAUUCAUACAAAUCUCUAAUGCCAGAGAAAAGAUUCCUAGGGCGCAUGGCAUCUGCAUUAACAAGAUGCUGUUUUGUCAACAUGGUGUAGCUGACUCAUCCUGUCAGAAGAGAUUAGAGUCACAAUAAUUAUCCUGUUAAAUGUUUUUAAGGAUGCUUGUUAAAACUUGGCAAUUCUAGGACACUGGUGACCGCUGUCACAGUAUUAGCAAUGCUCUGCAGCAAAGCUGAGCCGAGCGGCCUUGGGAAGCUCUACCCAGCAGAGCAGCGCUGGGCAACAUUCAGGGAGCAUUUAGAGGUUCCCAGAAUGGACUAGAAUAGGAGAAGAUGAUGAAGCUGAAAAUGGCAGAAAACAGAGUUGAAAUAUUUUUGGACAUAGGCUGGCCAGUGUCAGUGCUGAGAUCUGUCAUGGGUGUAAACAGGAAUAAUGUGUUUAACUGUAGAGUGGUUGCUUGGCUCUGUAAAAGCUAGUGAAAUGUAAAUAUAACUUGCUCUUGCUCAUCUGCAUUCAUGUGAAGAUCUCCAGAAAUGCAUGUGGGCUUGAGCCAACGAAGGUUACUURCAUGAAUUAAUGAUGUUGAGCUUGAGUCCCUUGCCAGGGUAUUCCUCAUUCAAGCAUUUGUUGGCAUGGAAUAUUUUUCUUGCCUUCCUCUUUUUAUUCUCACAUGCCAUUGCUACCAGCCUAAAAAAAAAAUAGCCUGCAUAAUUUAGUAAAUAUUCAACCACUGUGAAUUCUAUAGGUCUCUCACAUGUAUUAGAGACAGAGACCUUUCCCACAGGUAAAAAUCUCACCUUGAAGACUGUUUUUAUGAAGUCUGGAACUAUAAGGUAUUUGUAAAAGUGAUAGGCAGUAUUUUCUUCAGUCAUUUUUAUUAGAAUAUCCAGAGUCCAACCUUCUUCCAAAACACAGGGGAACCAACCCACCUAUUUUCUUCUUAAAGUGCGUUUGUAAUAAGAAAAACAGAAGUCACAGAUUUUUGCACUUUAGAUACUGCAUUGAAAGCGURGGUGUUAAGCGCAUCCCAGGCUCUGGGACCUGGUCUGCAUUUGAAGAAAUUUCCUCUUCUGGGUGAUGUGCCAGCACCGUGCCUCUGGGGCACGUAGGAGUGCUGCGAUGUACCUACAAUGUACACUGCGCUCUCCCUUCGCAGCCUGCUGGAUCACAGCAAGAAAAAUUUACUGCCGCUUGAGGAGCAGACGUAGCCAAGAGUAACAUGCGGAGUAUGGCCUGGCUUCUCAAAUCAUGUCAUAGCCCAGCCCAUCAAUUAAUACAGGACUGCCCAGGCUGUUCAUCCUGGCAGUUUCUUAGAAGCAGCUACAUCAAUUGCUUGUCUUGAAAGUAGCUUUAGACAACUGGUYUGUAUAAGCCUAGUUGCCUUUUGAAGCUGUUAAUAGCUGGAAGCAAAUAGGGCUGCCAGCAACGUGUGACUAGGCAAUGCCACAUCAUUACAUACUGGGAAAGGCUCGGGAUACGCUCACGCUUAUCCACGUGGGACAUGCCGUCCUUUGAAGAGUGAUCCUUCAGACGGAGGCUAGGGAGGAAGGAAUGGGAUGCUGCAGAAACUCCACCCACACGAGAGAGGGUAAUUUGGGCCUUUCGAUAGGACAAGAAUAGCAGACUGUGAUUUAAAAUAGCAAUUCUUUAGAUACAGUAACUCAGGGAAGUUUGAAAAGRUAAUUGCAAUGGCAUUUCUCUACUUAAGUGUGGAUGUGGGUGAAGGAGAAAUGUUGUUUUUGGUAAACUCCUCUGCUUUUACCCUGUCUGAAUUCUUAAUAUAGUGUUACUCUGACAGAGCACUGUAUUUAACCAUCAAAAAGCUUUCCGUUUCUCUGGGAAAGUGUAACUCAUUCUUGGCUUGCAUUUCUUGAUUUGCUCAUUCCACAUGAGACUGGGUUGCUACUUAACUGAAUAAACACAGAAUAACCCAGGAGCUGGCCACUCAAGCUAAUGCACAGUUCAUGUUUAAGUAGAUGAUGCUGGUUACUGAUGAUUCUCUUUUUAUUUCACCAGGAGUGUUAAUUAAUAUAUUAAUUUGCUUCUGGCAAAGGUUCUGUAUUUGUUUCCAGUACCUGGGUAGCAAAAUUAAAACCCUGUGGAAAGUGAUAUCUGCGCUUCAGAAGGAACUAGUAUUUCUUUCUGCUUUCAUCUGUUUGUGGAGCUGUCUGCUCCUCCCUUGGUCUUUGCAACUGCAAUAUCCUUUGCCCUUCUGAUUGCUGCAUCACUAGCACACAGAAAAUCUAACCCUGGUAAAGACGCAGUUAAUGCUUAAUUAAGAAUGCUUGAAGCACAUACACAGGCAGUUACUUUAUGCAUUUUUUGCUGAAGCUGGGUCAGCAUUCUCUUACUAUCUAUUAAUUAGAGCUAAGGAGCACUGUACAUUAAAAGUAAAGAAGAGAAGGAGCACUUUGUAACUCAAUUUUCUUCAUGACUUCCUUUAGAGGAAGGCACCAGCACUCUUAGGAGCCAAGCGUGGGACUUGCACAGGGAAAUGCUUCAAAUAACUGGGGGCUAUGUUUUCGUACAUGCUCCUUCCAUUUGAACCAGCAAGAAUCUAUUUUCUCAAAAAACUACUUUUUUGCAGUAGUGAAACCUGUUCCCGCACCRUCCUGGCCACCUGAACUCCCACUGAAAGCCGUGGGAGUCUUGGGCUUCCCAGAAAGCCGAGUCUCUUCCUGUCUCCCUUAAGUAAUAAGACGUUUCACAAUGCAGUCCUAGGGAAGAGUCACCAUCUGGUAUUUAAGAUGAAAGUGAUUCUCACACCCAAAAUGUUUUUGUCAAGAUGCUGCAAAAGGAAACCACGUCUGUGCCACAAGUCCAGCAAGGAGCUUAAAACUCCGCAUAGAAGCUGUGAUCACUCUUGCUACAGUUUUGAUCUGUUCUUCCCUGAGAUCUAGCUAAUCUCCAUUUUUUUUUUUCUCAAAGCACRGGGAAUUCAGAGCUUUAUGUCACUUUUAAGCGCAUCAGUAGUACAGAUUUCGCAUUUGUUUUCCAUCACUCCUGGAGCCAUCACUUUUCUUGUAGUAGAUAUCCAGAAGAGCAGACUGCUCAUCUGAGAGGCUGCAGCAACAGGGUUUGAACAAAUUCCUUCUGGCAACUGCCUCGAUUUUCUUUGCUCUCUCCAUUUUGCUUGUGUUGUUACGGUCCUGUUGUAGCAACACAGCAGCAAUCACAUAAUUCCCUGAAAACACAAACAGUAUUAAACCUUGCCUCUGACCUCCAGUUCUGCAAAUGCCUUUAAAAAGGCUCUGAGCUUUAGUACCAAGCUCAGAAAUCCUUUUUGUAGACACUUAAAGGUAUAACUGUUUAUCAUGUCAUUAAGUUCUGUUUUCCCAUUUCUAGUACUGCAUUUGAAUUAAUUUACAGAGAGUAAAUAAGGGCACUUUAUAAAAAUGUACUGUAAUUUUAUUCUGUUACGAGCCAGAAGAUUAUCCUUGAUUUUUAUUACUGUGACUUCUAAGGCCAUGACUAGGGUAUUUUUCAUGUUAGCUGUUACAAUAGGCAUCGCCCUGGAGCUGUUUGCCACUCAUAAAACUCUAUUUGCUUCAGCACAUGAGGUCAUGUGGAAGCUCCUGCUCCCAGCAGAAAAUACUUUAUUUAGGAGUAACAAUUUUCUUUUCUCCAGUCAUAUUGAUCACUCUGAGGGAAAAAAUGUUUGUCCAAUUAUUAUUGUCUGAGUCAUUAUACAGAGAAAAUAACUUCAAGUAUUGGGAAAAAAAAAAAGAAAAAGAAAGUAAUUGCAAUUCUCAAGUGUCGGAGAAGACAAUUCAGCUUCCCCAGUGGACACCAAGCUGUGUCCCUCUGUAAUCCUCAAAGCACAAGCGAUGCUCUGGUUCUGCCCACCUAAGGCAGGACCUCAUGCUAGGCACGUCCCUAGCAAUGUGCCUGGGUCGGACUGCGCAGUGGGUCCCUCCUCCGUUUCUCCUCCUGAUCAUAUUGGAUAUUCAGUUGAAAUCUGCUGCUAUGAAUGAGCCAAAUCGCUGCUAAAGGCCGGGUGCUGUGAAUUCCUUUGCUUCUUGUGUGAAUGGGCUCACUGGGAAAAGGCGCCGGAGACCCCAUCCCUCAGGUUUCCCCUCCGUCCCGCAGACASCUUCCCCCUCUGUGGAGACCUGGGGACUCCCAGGUCAUACAAGCUCAAGCAUGUACAGUGGUUGCGCAUUCGAAUCUAUGAGUCCUAUGGAAAACCGAGGCUCCAAAUAUUUAAAAAGAAGGGGAAAAAAGGAGCAUUUUGCUGAGCCACCAAUUAAAGUAGGUCUCUUAGGCUGAGUAGAUGCUAACCCACGAGCUAAGGAAGGACUUAGGGAGCAGGAAGACUUGAGAGAUUCCUCAUGUCACCCAACUUUUUGCUGUACACUUCCCUUUUCAUUUUCACCUACCUUCUGCAGCAGCCCCAUUACUGAUUGGUGCUGGAAUAGCCAGUCAUUCUAGUCUGGUUUCCCAAAUUCAAAAAUUUUGCAAGUGUUUUUAAUGAUGCUCUGUGGCAAGCGCCACAGCGCCAAGGGAGACUGUUGUAGGCAGCAUCACGCAACCUGGAUUGUCUGGUGUCUGUAUAUUGCUUUGUACAUAAAUAGAAUAGUUUGCAGGGAUUUUUGUAUCGUUCUUUUCUAUUUUUUUCUACAGUUUUUUCAAAGGCUGUAUGCAGAUKGUGUUUACAAAUUGAUUUUGCAGUCAAAAUCGUAGAUUGUAACGUUUCCAUUUUGCUGUUUUGUGCGUGCUUGUGACUUCUGGUGUAGUACAGGUUGUCCUGCCUUCUUAAAGAUGAUUGCACACACUUUCCCCCAAUAUGUCCUGCUCCUUUAUUAAAUAGAUCCCACUUCCUAUGAUCUGGUGUGAAGUAUAGUUUGUAGAAUGCAUGAGAAAAUGUUGCAUAUGUAUUUAUAUUGUUAAAUAAGAUAUACUCAACAGCAAUUUAGUUAUUAAUACAGGUUUUUACUUAUUCUCUGGAAACUACAGUGUAGACUGAGCUAAAUUACCUAGUAUCUGUAAUUUACAGACACACAAAUAUUUUCUUAUAAUAUUUUCUAUAUGACCAUAUAAGAUAGGGAAAUAAUCCUCCCAAGGGGAUCUAUACCUUAGAACAAAAGCAGUUUUCUUACAACAUUUAAAAUCAAUUAAAUGUUUCUGUGUUAUGUUCAAUGAAAUAAGAACAUGUUUAUGUUUAGUGAUGAAUUAUAAACAAAGCACAAAAUGCAGGAAGCAAAUAGGAAUUUCAAGAUGUCCUUAAAUGCUGCAGUUCAUUAUGGAACAAUGUUAUUAUAAUCUGAACAAUCUUCUAGAUUGACCGUCUUGGGCAAUUGUCCCUCAUUUUUCCUGGUGUUACCUGUGCCAAGUUCUGCGGCUCUUUCUUAGGAUCUGCUCAUGUGUGAUUGACUAACUCGGAAUGCUGAAUAAAGCAAGCUGGAGAGUUGGGUAGGCAAAAAACCAGGUACAUAGCAGGUACUAAGCCCAUGUUGCUAGGAUAAAAGGUGCAUGAGUUCAGCCUGCAGAAAGACUUCACAGCUUGGCCUCUCUUGCGCCUCCUUGAAAAGGGACCAACAGAACAACCRUGGGACCAAUUGAACUGGGUAGCAUCUGGGUAGCAACAAAUACCUCCUCCUUUCUUCUGUAUUUUAAAGAACACAAACAAACACUCUAUUUUUUGACCAGAGAAGUGAGCAUUGCUUCUCUUUUAUGAUUGUAGGUUCCCACUAGGCAAAUACCUCUUGCCAUUAAGGCCAUUGCUAUCCAUAUUUUUAUUCCUUCAAAAAAGUUCCAUGUUAAUUAAAUACAAUUUAACAUAGCCAACAGUUAGAGAAAAAAAAAAAAAUCCUGUUAUAGGCAACUAGAUCCAUGAUUGUGAUUCAAAGAAGCAAAACAAAGAAAACAAUGAAUGGCAAAUAUUGCUAUCCCAGUGUGACUGACACUGGGCAUCUCUUCACCAAUUCAGAAUUCUAUAGGACUGUUAUAGUCGCCUUAGGUUUUGGAGUCUAAAUAGCUGAUCGAUAUACAUAUAGAAAAGUGUGUUGAUGUACCCUUGCAUUUUAAUCUUUCUUGUAUUUUAAAUGAGACGUACCAGGUAUUACCUUACUUGGAACUGCGGGUAGAAUAGUGCUACGGGCGUUACUAAUAGCAGUAGAUCCUUCCUGUCCCGGGUUUGACAUUUUGUUGAAGCAUGAUGUCCAGUGCCUCUCUGCACUUAGUGUAGAUAAUGUAGCUAUCAAUGUGUAAUUUCAGUGAAAUGGUGUAUACAGUAUGGAUAGAGAUGCUUUAAUUUAAUUAAUUGCUGUGCAUUGAACUAUAGUAGAAAAUCAGACUGUCUCUUAAAAUUUUGUUCUAGUAUGGGGAAUUUUUGCUUUUAUUGGGGUUUAUUUUCCUUUUGGCCAUUUAACUGAAUAAGCUCUGUAGCUUAGUAGGUGCUUUCUCUGUCUAUUAUGGAGUAUCUUGUUCUGAUAACAUUCAGACUCAUAUAUCCAGCCAACUUACUGUAAAUAGGUUAUUUUUAGUUUACAACUACC